AUGGAUACAGAAGAUAUGGGCUCAGGUAAACUAGGCCAAAUAUUGAAGCAGAUUUGGAGACAAAACCUGAUGCUGAAGCAGGCCCUCCUGGGCUGUGACCACGCUGAAGGGGCCAGCGGGGCCACAUGGGUAGCCACAGUGGACUUUCUGGGUCAGGAGCUCAGCGGGGCCCUGCACCAGCUGCUGGAGCACACUGCACGCACGCUGCGCUCCACCUGCCAGCAGCUGGGCGUGCUGCUGGACAAGGAGCGUCAGUGUUCCUGGAGACAAGAAAUCGUUACCCUCAUAGACUGCCUCAUGAAAAUAAACGACCAUUUGGGAAGCACCGCUACACUUCUAAAGAAAGAAGAAAAGCAGAUGUGUAAUUUAUGCGGCACGCAUGAUGAAUGCACUCCACAGCGGACAAUGUCUGCCAUUCAGGAUAUCAAAGCGACAGACAUUGCUGCAAGACAGGAACAAAAUGUCAUAGAAACAGCUACUGUUUCUCCCACAAAUGGUGGGGAAAGUCAUUACACAGACCAGGACCCGUUAAAGGAAAAUAAAACACACAGGAGUUCGGAACCAGUGGAAAAAGAAAACAAUACAUCAUUGAAUGGAGAUGUAACAGGGCAAGAAGAGUCACAGGACAAAAUGUUCCCAGAUAAUGCAGAAAAUGGAGCUGGUAAACAAAUAGCACACGUGAUUAUGGAGAACAUGAAUGGCAACAGGGAAGGGACGCAUGACAUCAUUCUGACAACAGAAAGAGAAAUCCAAGAGGGCUCAGAAAACCAAAGAGGAGAGGCUAUCACAUCCUCAGUAACAUGUGAUAUAGCCAAUCAAUGUGUGAACAGUCUUCUUCCCGAUGACUCAGAGAGUCUAAAGCAGAAAAAUAACAUAAUGGAAAAGGAGUAUCUUGAUGUGCUUAGUGAUGAUAUGGGCCCCCAAGUGGCUUGUUAUAUCACAGCACAAUCAUACCUUUUACAACAUCUAGAAUGUCGAAUAAUUAAUAGCAUGAGUUCUUUAAUAGUGAGUGAUAAUGAAGAGUUGGUCAGCAAUGUCAUCACUGUUGAGUGUUCAGAUAUGGAAAAGAGGAUUCCAUUUCCAAUAUGCAUUGCAAUCCCAUUCACUGCGUGUUACAAGGGAAAUUACAAAGACAUCAUGGUGAAAAUGUCUGACAUAAACCUUCAAUCAAGUUACCUAACUCCAAAUUCACUGGAAGGAAUGAGAGGAAGUUACAAGGGCACCUGUGCUGAAGUGAAAGUUUACAAGUUGGGUAUCUUUUCUGUGGUGUCUUGUUUAAAGAAAGAGUCCUUCACAGUAACAAAGAAAGGCCUUACUCUCAAGCCAAGCAUGGAUUCUCGAAUAUCCUUGUAUUACCCUCCAGGAGUUUUCAGCUCACCAGUGCUUGUACAAUUAAAGGUCCAACCAGUUGACCCAUCUCUGGUGGCAUAUUUAAAAAUGCAGCAAGAUACUUUCUCCUCGGUACUAUCCACCAGCCCUCUGAUUCAUAUUCAGCACCCAUCAACACAUCCUUUCCAGAAGCCAGUCACUAUACUCCUACCUUGUUCUCCACACCCUAAUAAAAAGAAUUUUGGGUCUGAGAUGGAUCAUAAAAGAAAAGCUAGUGCCACAACAAAAAGGAUCGUACCUUUAUAUCUCAACCGGACAAAAGGUGCUUCCAUAAGAAAACCUGGGAACAACGUCUGUGAAUCUUUGAAAUUGCUGGGAUUCAGAAGCCAAGACAACGGUUGGUUUGGGCUUGAUGAUGUGAUAGUGAGAACCAUGCAGAGUGGCUUGAUAUCAUUUGAAUUGUGUGAACACUUAGAGAGGUUUAUUGUGCUCCACCUGUCUUCCACUGUGGACAAUAGCCACUUGAUUUCUUUUGUGAAAUCUUUGGAGGAAGCCAUGCUCAGUACCAGUGCCUGCGUGGUACUGUAUCACCGGAAAGACAACCCACAUAGAGUAGUUAUUUUGGUGGUGCCUUCUAAAGAUUUAAACCAGGUGCUUAGGAAUUUGCGCUUGGAAGCUUUCAGUGGUCCUCCAGAGCCGUCCUGCCAUUUCCAAGUGAAAGAAGGAGAGCAACUUCUCUUAAGGUUUACUGGAAACAUAUUUGCCUCAAGCAACGGGAAGGAUUAUGGAAAAGACUACAAGCUGAUUUUUCAUUUACAAAGAAAACCCAGGCUGGAACUGCAAAUCAAAGAGGUGGAUGAAUUUGGCAACUACAGCUGCUCUCACUAUAAGGGCACCAUUGCAGUUUAUAAAGUCCCUAAAGAAAAGACAGUCCACAAUUUGGAUCAAUCUCUCAUACUUAAUGAAAACCAUUAUCAGUUGCCAAUUUGCAAAUUACCAUUGAGAUUGCCAAAGCAUGAAAAAUUAAUCAACCGGCCACAGAGUACCAAAAGAAUUUCUACAGAUCCUCUAGAAGCCCUGUGGGAUAACUUGCUCUACUGGUUGGCUGAGGAGCUCUCGGAGGAAAACGCCACGUGCCUCUCCUCGUCCCUCCCUCUUCGCCGCAGCACCGUUCAGCUCAUCAAACUGAAGAACCCAGAUGAUCUCACAGAGCAGAUCCACGAACUUCUUUGCUUCUGGAAAAAAUCACUCCCAAAUGCCACCGAUAAACUUCGCCUUCUGGCUCGUCAUCUCUGCAAGAUUGGCAGGAGUGAUCUUUCCAAAGAGCUCAAGUUCAAGUGGGAAAAUAAAGUGUUCACCGACCCACAGCAGUGGUUCGAUAUGGCAGAGUAA